AUGGGAGGCGAGACGUCCUCUCGAACGACAUCCUCCUAUCCCCAACUAUCGGCGGGCCCAGUUGGACAAAAGAUUCAGAGCAUUUACACUGACCGCCUGCGUCAAUUCACCUCUGGUGGCCAAUACGAAAAAGAAAAUCUCCUUUCCAAGCUCUAUCACGAUAUCUGUGACGACCAAGACCAUGUCAAGCUCUCUGUUUACUCCCCACCUGACCUAUCCCGUCCGACCUUCAAAGAGGCAACUUCCCAUAGCUUCAGACCUACGCAUCGAGGUGAAUCCUUUGGCCCUUCUUGGUCUACGCACUGGUUCAAGAUUCAGCUCACUGUUCCCAAGCAUAUGCUGGGUGGAGAGCAUCUCGAGUUCCAUUGGGAUGCAAACAAUGAAGGAAUGAUAUGGACCCAAGAUGGAAAUCCUCUCCAAGGUCUGACCGGCGGUGGAGAUCGUACAGAAUGGAUACUUCCCGACAGCUGGCGAGACGGAAAAGAACACGUCUUCUACAUUGAAAUGGCCUGCAAUGGAAUGUUUGGCAAUGCUCCUGGUGGUGACAGCAUUCAGCCCCCGGACCCGAACAAAUGGUAUAUGCUGUGGAAGGCGCAGAUUGUGGAUGUCAAUCUUGCUGCCCGUCAGCUGUACGUGGACUUCUGGAUCAUUGGUGACGCCGCUCGGGAAUUCCCCGGUGACAGCUGGGAAAGACAUCAAGCGUUACAAGUUGGCAAUCAGAUCAUGGAUGCGUUCAUUGCGGGUGAUGGCUCCACCGCCUCCAUUGAAAAGGGCCGUGAGAUUGCGCAGAAGUACAUUGGCCAACAUGUUAACUCGGCCAAGGUAUACGAUUCAGACGAGAACAGCAUUGUCUAUGCCAUCGGCCACUGCCACAUUGAUACAUGUUGGCUAUGGCCGUGGGCUGAAACUAAACGCAAAGUCGCACGGAGUUGGUCGAAUCAGUGCGACCUGAUGGACCGGUACCCAGAGCAUCGAUUCGCGUGCAGUCAAGCACAACAGUACAAGUGGCUCAAGAUGUACUAUCCCUAUGUUUUUGACCGAGUCAAAUCAAAGGUCAAGGAGGGUCGGUUCCACCCCAUUGGUGGCAGCUGGGUUGAACACGACACCAAUAUGCCGAGCGGCGAAUCUCUGGUCCGGCAGUUCCUUUACGGCCAACGUUUCUUCGAAAGCAAUUUCGGUGAACGCUGUCAGACGUUCUGGCUUCCAGAUACUUUUGGUUAUUCGAGUCAAUUGCCUCAGUUAUGUCGACUUGCUGGUAUGUCCCGAUUCUUCACGCAAAAGUUGAGUUGGAACAACAUCAACAACUUCCCGCAUACCACGUUCAACUGGGUUAGUUUGGAUGGAAGCCAAGUAAUCUGUCACAUGGCACCGAGCGAGACCUACACCGCAGAUGCACAUUUCGGAGACGUGAAAAGGAGCGUGACUCAACACAAGAGCAUGGACCAAGACAACACGUCCCUUCUGGUUUUUGGCAAAGGGGAUGGCGGGGGUGGUCCCACGCGAGAGAUGCUUGAGAAGUUGAGAAGAUGUCGCGGUCUGAGCGACACGAUCGGACUCCUUCCGCGUGUGCAAAUGGGCAAAUCUGUGGAUGAUUUCUUCGCGAGCUUGGAGAAGAAGGUUGAGGAGGGCACGAAAUUUGUCACCUGGUAUGGAGAACUGUACUUUGAACUCCACCGGGGCACUUAUACAACCCAAGCAAACAACAAACUCAACAAUCGAAAACAAGAAGUGAUGCUUCACGAUAUUGAAUAUCUGGCAACUUUGGCGAGUUUGAAGAGCAAGAGCUACAAGUAUCCAAAGAAAGAGAUUGACGAGAUGUGGGAAAAUGUUCUGCUCUGCCAGUUCCAUGACUGUCUGCCUGGCAGCUCGAUUGAGAUGUGCUACGACGACUCUGAUGCUCUUUACGCCCACAAUGCGAAACUGGGAGAGAAGGUCAAAGAGGAGGCCCUAACCGUGCUUGGACUCUCUCGACACCUCAAAGCAAAUUCCGAACUCGCAGCGGUCAAUACUGCUCCUUGGAAGCGCACGGAACUGGUGCCCAUUCCACACGCCCAAGCCAAGUCGCAGGAGCAACGAUACACGUACGUGUCGGGAGGACCAGGCGUGGUGGCCACCCAUAUUGCGUCGGCCAUCCGGUCCACCGUGUCGGUCAACGAGAUCAGGAAAGGCGUCUUCGUGAUGAAGAACAAUCGACUUGAGGUCGAAGUUGAGGCUGGCUGCAUCACAUCGCUCCUGGAUUUGAAGGCAAACCGAGAAGUGAUUGCGAAGGGCGGCAAAGGGAACCAGCUCGUCAUCUUUGACGACAAACCGUUAUACUGGCAGGCUUGGGAUGUGGAGGUUUUCCAUCUCGAGUCUCGAAAAGAGCUCAAGUCAGAGGCUUCCGAGAUUGUGGAAAAUGGACCCUACAGAGUAAGUGUGGCGACCAAGACUCAGGUCAGCCAAGACAGCUGGGUGAAGACGACCAUCAGUCUUGACGCCCGCGACGGUCAGGACCAGAUCGGAUAUGUCUCAGUCGAGGCAGAAGUUGAGUGGCGUGAGAAGAUGAAAUUCUUGAAGGUCGAGUUCCCCGUGGACGUGGUCAACACCGAAGCAAGCUAUGAGACACAGUACGGAAUUAUUCGUCGCCCCACCCACUACAAUACCAGCUGGGAUAUGGCGAAAUUCGAAGUGUGCUGCCACAAAUUCGCGGAUCUCUCCGAAUCCAACUAUGGCGUUUCGAUCUUGAACGACUCCAAAUAUGGAUUUGCAACAUGUGGCAACCUCAUGAGGUUGUCACUGUUGCGUGCUCCCAAGGCGCCUGAUGCACACGCUGAUAUGGGUCGACACCACAUAAAAUGGGCGAUCAUGCCGCACCAAGGUGCUCUAAGCAGCGAUACCGUUCGAGCAGCGUACAACUUCAACCAUCCGAUGAAAUUGGUGUCAUUGGUCGACGAUAAACCACCGAAAGAAUUGUUCACGGCCGUGACCCUCUCAGGGGCCACAUCGCUUGUUCUAGAUUGCAUCAAGCGUGGUGAAGACGAUGAGGAUGUGUCUCGGGGAGAACUGACUCAACGGUCGGGACAGAGUGUGAUUCUAAGAAUCUACGAGGGUUUGGGAGGAAAGAGCCGAGGAACGAUUGAGACCACCCUUCCCGUCAAGAAGGUGUAUAAGACCAAUGUGCUGGAAGACGACCUGGAGACAGUGAAGAUGUCGGGGAAGAAUAAAAUUAGCAUUGACAUCGAGUUGCGGCCAUUCGAAGUGGCCACAUACAGAUUGCAAUUGUAG